AUGAGCCGCGCGCGGGGGGCGCUGUGCCGGGCCUGCCUCGCGCUGGCCGCCGCCCUGGCCGCGCUGCUGCUGCUGCCGCUGCCGCUGCCCCGCGCGCCCGCCCCGGCCCGCGCCUCCGCGGCCGCGCCCGCCGCCGGCCCCGCGCGCCGCCUGCGGCCCGAGGACGUCUUCAUCGCCGUCAAGACGACGCGCCGGAACCACGGGCCGCGCCUGCGGCUGCUGCUGCGCACCUGGAUCUCCCGCGCCCGCCCGCAGACCUUCAUCUUCACCGAUGGGGACGACCCGGACCUGCAGCUCCAGGCGGGCAGCCACGUGGUCAACACCAACUGCUCGGCCGCGCACACCCGCCAGGCGCUGUGCUGCAAGAUGGCGGUGGAGUAUGACCAGUUCAUCGCGUCCGGGCGCAAGUGCGUGGGGCCGCCGUGGGGAGCGGGCCCUCCCGUGGGAGCCCCGGGCCCUCCCGCGCCCGCUGAGACUGCCCCCCCCAGGUGGUUCUGCCACGUGGACGACGACAACUACGUGAACCCCGAAGGCCUGAUGCAGCUGCUGUCCUCCUUCUCGCCCAGCCAGGACGUCUACCUGGGGCGGCCCAGCCUGGACCACCCCAUCGAGGCCACGGAGCGGGGCCACGGCGGCAGCACAGUGACCACGGUCAAGUUCUGGUUCGCGACCGGCGGGGCUGGCUUCUGCCUCAGCAGAGGCCUUGCCCUCAAGAUGAGCCCAUGGGCCAGCCUGGGCAGCUUCAUGAGCACGGCGGAGCGGGUGCGGCUGCCGGACGACUGCACGGUGGGCUACAUCGUGGAGGGGCUGCUGGGCGCCCGCCUGCAGCACAGCCCGCUGUUCCACUCGCACCUGGAGGACCUGCGCAGGCUGCCACCCCAGGCGGUGCUCCGGCAGGUGACCUUGAGCUACGGGGGCCCUGAGAACCCACGGAACGUGGUGAGCGUGGCCGGAGGCUUCAGCCUGCAGCAGGACCCCACGCGGUUUAAGUCCGUCCACUGCCUCCUCUACCCGGACACGGACUGGUGUCCUGCGACCUCGCCUCUCGGUGACCCUCGACCCCUGGCCCAGGGGGUGGCUGUGGGAUGAAGCCUGCCCCUCCUGCCUCCGGUGACUCCCUGUAGCUGGGCCCUGGGGAGCGGCUCCAGGCCAGGGGCCAGGGUGGGUCCCCGAGGUUUCCCUGCGGGUUCCUGGGGGAAGGCCCUCCCUGCCCCGGGCUCUGCCAGUGGGGCGUCUCGGCUCCGGGCGAGGGCUGGGCCCAACCAGCCAGGCUCUGGGGUCUCCGGCUGGAGGCCAUGUGCCGGGGGCCCGCGCGCGGGCAGGUCCCUCUCAGCCAGACCCCUUCCCGGGGCCUGAAGAGGCCGCUCCGCGCUGCCUCAGCCCUCAGCCCUCGUCGCAGCGCUCCGGGCCGGGCCGGGAGACAGGAGCCUUUGUGGGCGCCCCCCUCCGGAGGACACCUGCGCCGCACUGCCCCCUGCUGUGCCUUGUUGCCAGAAGCGGAUAAAAGUCGGAUUGUUACUUUC